AGCGGAUUGAUACGUGGAACUUCACUUGUAAAUUGUUGUGUGGUAUUCAUACUCUCUCAUUUCUAUUUUCGACAUUUGAUUUAGUUGUUAGUAAGCUUAUUGAUCCCGUGUAUUCGAAAAUGGAUAUAAUUUUUAUUGGGAACGUAACCCCAUAUUUUUCAAUAGGCGACGGCCAUUUUUCGUUUAGUUUUAAGCAUUUGCCCAGUUCAUUACCUCGAGUAUUGGCCAGGUUGAUUCCUCACACAGUGCUUCCGAUGUGGGGACUUCAAUUUUACAGCUGCAGGAUGUCGGAGUUUCAUCAGGAACAUACAUACAGGUAUCUGAAGGCACUAUGGCCCCGCUAGUUCAGUUUACAGACCAAUCUCAGAACAUCUACAUCACGGAUGCAUUCCCUCACGGUAUCCAGAUACUGGAUGGCUCAAUCCCUAUGCUACAGAGCAGUGAUGGGACGUCUAUCAUCCACCUUGCCACGCCCACUUUGGUUUCUGGGACAGGCAUAGAGGGAUAUGCACAGGUGGUUCAGUUUGCAGGUGGUCAGAUAGCGCUGAUAGAGCAGCAGGAGAACAUCGAUCCCCAGGGUAAUGUCCAGUACGUCCUGGAGCAUGUGCAGGCCCUCCAGCCACAGUCUGAUGGCGAGAUGCAGCAACAGCAGCAACAGCUCAUGGGGACGGCCGCACCCGCACACAGGGACCCCAUGGACGAUCUGCAGCCUCCUAUUGGAAAGGGUCCCUACACAUGUGACAUCUGUGACUGUAAGAUUGAGAAGUGGAACCAGUACCUGCGUCACAUGAAGACCCAUAACGAUGACAAACCAUUCCGCUGCUUCAACUGCCCCGCCACGUUCAACAUCGCGGACAACCUGAAACUGCACCUGGCCACCCACGUGGAGGAGGGAGACAAACCCACCUGCCCGGAAUGCGGGAAGAAGUUCCAGCGGGUGGCGAGUCUCAAGGCCCACAUCAUGCUUCAUGAGAAGGAGGAGAGUCUGAUGUGUACGGAGUGUGGAGAUGAGUUUGCAACCCAGAUCCACCUGGACCGUCACAUGGUUGAACAUCGGGAGGAGCGAGAGGGCACACGUAUGUACCCUUGCAAGACGUGCAGUGCCCAGUACUACAGCAGACAGGAGCUCAAAGAACACACCAAACAACACUUGAAGAUAAAGCUCUCUCUGUCCCAUAAGACGUACAAGAAGAAUGUGGACCGCACUGGCUACUCUCACAAGUGUCAACACUGCAACAAGGUGUUUCAGAAACCCAGUCAGCUCACCAGGCAUGUCCGCGUACACACAGGUGACCGCCCGUUCAAGUGCCAUAUCUGCUCGAAGGCCUUCAAUCAGAAAGGGGCACUGCAGCUUCACAUCCUGGGUAGACACACAGACAAGAAACCGCACACCUGCCAGUUCUGUGACCAGGGCUUCGCACAGAAAGGCAACCUCAGAGCCCAUAUCAAGCGUGUUCACACCCUGUCAGAGCAGACUGAUGUGAACGUGUCUGUGUACAAGUGUUCAGAGUGCUCCUGCAUGUUCAAGAAACUGGGCAGUCUGAACGCACAUCUAAGCAGGGUCCACACCCAACUGGACCCUGAAGCUGAGAAACUAUUGUCAAAGAAGAAGAAAUUCCUAGAGAGUGAUGCUGAUGGUACUGGAGACGUUAUACAGCAGCUCCUAGAGCUGUCAGAGACAGGGGCGGGGCCAGUAAAAGCUGCGGACUCUACAAAUAAGGAGGCCGGUCUGGGUGAGGAUAUCCUACAGCAGGCCCUCGAGAACAGCGGUGUGCCCAGCACAGACAAGACUGAGGACGGCAAGGCCGGGGGGACCCUGUCCGUCAUGCACGUCAGGGACUCUGCAACGGGACUCAUCAAGAAACACUACAUCAGGAAGGUUGAGAACACAGUAUUCCACUUGUGCGCGUUCUGCCAGAAAGAGUUCAAGAAGCCAAGUGAUCUGAUACGACACACACGCAUUCACUCGCACGAGAAGCCUUACCGCUGUACCCAGUGUUUCCGUGCGUUUGCUGUCAAGAGCACACUUAUGUCCCAUCUACGGAUCCACACCGGUACCAAGCAGUUCAAGUGUGCAGUAUGCGAUAAGAACUUCUCAACCCACGGCAGCUUGAAGAUUCAUCUUCGUUUGCAUACUGGCCAAAAGCCCUAUGACUGUGAGCUGUGUGCCAAGAAGUUCCGCACUGCUGCCCACAUGCGUACCCACAUGGCGUCCCACUUCAAGGAGCCUGCUGGGGCAGAUAAGGGGCCUGGCUGGCCCAGACAGAGGGGGGACCGGGCCCUCAAUAGGGCCUCCAAGGACAUGGAGCUGCCAGACAUACCCAUGCAGGAACCCAUUCUCAUCACUGAUACAGGUUACAUCCAGCAGCCACCUCGCAACACGAUAUUCAACCAGCAGUACCUGGGAGAGACGAGUAGCGUGGACCGGCCAUACAAGUGUUCAUACUGCCAGAAAGGGUUCAAGAAGUCCAGUCAUCUCAAGCAGCACAUACGUUCUCAUACCGGUGAGAAGCCUUACAAAUGUCACAAGUGUUCCCGCACGUUCGUUUCCAAUGGCGUGUUGAAGUCACACCUGAAGGUGCACACGGGUGUGAAGUCGUACAAGUGUGUGAUGUGUGAGGCACUGUUCUCCACCAGCGGGUCCCUCAAGAGACACAUGUCCACUCACAGCGAUGUGCGGCCCUUCAUGUGUCCCUACUGUCAGAGACAGUUCAAGACCAAUGUCAACUGCAAGAAGCACAUGAAGACCCAUAGACAUGAGAUUGCCCUCCAGCAUAUGACCACGCCCACCCAAAUACAGAGUCUAGAUCAGUCUGAGGUGGAGCAACACGAGACUGUGCUGGCCGAGACCGAGGGAGAGUAUGUGGAGGAGGAGGCUGUUGACAAUGAUCUGACCUUGACCCAUCACAAUCUCCAUGGCAACCACCUGUCCCAGCAGGCCAUGCUCAACCAGACCAACCUACAGGAGCUGGGCCUCUCCACAACCAACCUGGACCAGCAUAUACUCAACCAGCAGCUUUUUGGAGGUCAGCAGCAGACAUUUACACAGAGUCUACUGGGUACCAGCCAGCAAACAUAUCAGCCACAGAACCAGUAUUCCUCACAGAACCAGCAGCUAGGCCAUAUGGAGAUGACAUUCUCCCAGUCCGGGGAGCUCCAGGUGAGCUCAGAGCCUUUACAAGAGUCCCAAACUGUCCACCAUGUCGGCCAGAUUGACCAGGGCCAUACCGACCUGGGGGAGGCCUCUGCAGCCAUGGCCAGUACAUCCAUGGAGAACAUUCUACCCAGUGUGGAUGAAGGUGUGGAGGGCAGUGAGGGUGAGAUGGAGGACCCGGAUGAUGAGCAGGAUGAGGGGGACAUGGAGGGGGACAACACAGAGCUGGGCUUCCCCUCUCAGAGGCGGAUACACACGUGCAACUUCUGUGAGAAGUCGUUCAAGAAGAACAGCCACUUGAAGGAGCACAUCCGCUCUCAUACCGGUGAGAAACCAUACAAGUGUGAUCAGUGUGACAAGAGUUUUGUGACGAUGGGCGUCCUACGUCAGCACCUGCGUACCCACACAGGUGUGAAAGAGUUUGAGUGUAACGUGUGCCACGCCCAGUUCACGACCAACGGGUCCCUGACGAGACACGCAGCGAUACACGCCACCAAGCCCUUCAAGUGUCCGUUCUGUCUGGACGCCUUCAGGACUGCCUCUUCCUGCAAGAAACACAUGGAGAUACAUGCCAACGGAGUUGAAGAUGAAGAUGUCAAUGCGGAGAUUCCCGAUGGGGAUGAUCGCACCGACCCGGAGUACCGACCCUAUCAGCCGCGCCGCACUGUGCAGACUACCAGACUCAUGCAUGCCGGACAGGUGAACCGAAAACGUGUAGUUGACGAUCAUGAAGUCUCCGAGAAGAUUUACUUCGAGUCUGCGUCUGAAAAGGACAGGAUAAGUGAGGUGAAGGAGCUGAUACCCCAGUCAGAGCAGCACGCCCAUCAGUGUAUGCACUGCCCCAAGAGCUUCAAGAAACCCAGCGACCUUGUCAGACACACACGCAUACACACAGGGGAGAAGCCAUUUUCCUGUAGGAUAUGUUCGCGUACUUUUACUGUCAAGUCUACCCUGGACAGCCAUUUGAAGACACACUCAGAUGCGGUGAAGACAUUACGUUGCCACGUCUGCCACUCCAUGUUCAGUACAAAGGGAAGCCUGAAGGUGCAUAUGAGGCUGCACACAGGGGCCAAGCCCUUCAAGUGUCCCCACUGCACCAUGAGGUUCCGCACCUCCGGGCACCGCAAGUCCCACAUCCACCAGCACUACAAGCCCGAGUCCUCCAUGAGACGCAGGAAGAACCUCAGUGCCAUGACGAAACAAUUCCAGGACAUCAUGCCGGAGACGUUAGAUUUCAUCAACCAGGUCGAGGCUCAAGAGGAGGACGAUCAACAGCAGGACCAGCAGACAAUCCUGCAGCAGGGUCAGCUGCCACUGGGUCAGGUGAUCAGUAUCGACCAAUCAAUGCUAACCUCCAACAUGCUUCCCCUCUCCAUGACGAUGGAGAGCUUCGCCAACCUGACAGACGGUUCCCUAGGCAACCAGGUGGUACAGAGCCUGGAAGGGGUGCAGCUGCAGUUAGCGGGAACCAACCUGGCCCAGGGUAUACAGAUCACCGGCCUGGAUCCCAGCUCCAUGGGGCAGGCCUUCCAGAUAGACGCCAGUCUGCUGCAGCAGCUACAGGCUGGACUGAACAUCACGUUGAACCCCAGCCAGCUGCAGGUGGCUGAUCCCAACCUCUUGGUACAGAACCUGGCCAAUAUUGUGCAGCCAAUCAACAUCCAGGAGGGGGUCAACCCCAACCUGGUCAUCCAGCAAAUGGGAUCGAUCAGAAUCGACCAGGCCGGCCAAGUACAGAUGGGCAGUCACGGGGACAUGGGCCAGGCGACGUUUGUAAUGACUAAUAAUGGGAUGAUGGUUGAACAGUCAACGGCCAUUCAGCAGGUGAACAUGAGCAAUCCCCAGCAUGUUGUGUCCAGUGGGGGCCAGGGCCUGAACUCGCUACCUCAGCUGAGCGAGGAUAUGGACCAUGACACGGGUCACAUGACUGCCAUAGACCCCAACAUGACCAACGCAUCCAUGGCCGACAACAUUGCCGACCUGAUGGGCGACGAGCAGCAGGAAGGGGGGAUGUCAGACACAGGGGAAGACGGAAUGGGAGAGGAUGGUGACGGGGAUGUCGUGCAGGACACAGUUUCUGAUGACAUCAUGGAGGAUCACAUGAUUGGUGACAGGACCCUCGUACAGAAUGACUCGCGGCCCUACAUGUGUAAUGUGUGUGGCAAGUCUUUCAAGAGGCUGAGUACGCUGAAGGAACAUGCCCGUAUCCACGUCAAGUCCACGCAGGCAGUGGACGGGAGCCGAGGUGUGAUACCUGCCAAGCAGGGCGGGGCCCAGACGUGUCAGUACUGCAACAAGACAUUCCAAAAACCCUCCCAGCUUGAGCGACAUGUCCGUAUACACACAGGAGAGCGUCCAUUUGUGUGUGAGCUAUGUAACAAGGCCUUCAACCAGAAGAACGCAUUGAAGAUGCACAUCAAGAAACACACGGGAGAGCGCAACUACAAGUGUCCCUACUGCAUCUCAGCCUUCACUCAGAAGGGCAACCUCAAAACGCACAUCAAGCGCACCCAUCACACAGAGAUGGUGAGUGCCAUGUCGCAGAAAGUGGAGGAGACUAAUGGCACAACGACGAUCUACAGCGUGACUUUGAACCAGGACGGGGACAUAGCAGAGGUGUCCGCGGGGGAGGUUGAGGGGGUCAAGGUAAACCCGGCAGAGAUGGGAUAUGAACAUGUUGACGAGCUCUUCUCUAAUGUCCAGUGAAACAUUGGCAGAGAUGGGAUAUGAACAUGUUGACAAGCUCUUCUCUAAUGUCUAGUGAAACAUUGGCAGAGAUGGGAUAUGAACAUGUUAAUGAGUGAAACAUUGGCAGAGAUGGGAUAUGAACAUGUUGACAAGCUCUUCUGUAAUGUCCAGUGAAACAUUGGCAGAGAUGGGAUAUGAACAUGUUGACAAGCUCUUCUGUAAUGUCCACCGAAACAUUGGCAGAGAUAGGAUAUGAACAUGUUGAUGAGCUCUUCUUUAAUGUCCAGUGAAACAUUGGCAGAGAUGGGAUAUGAACAUGUUGACGAGCUCUUCUCUAAUGCCCAGUGAAACAUUGGCAGAGAUGGGAUAUGAACAUGUUGACAAGCUCUUCUGUAAU